AUGUCCCCCAGUACGUCUUCCGACCAGCACCGCUUUGUGGUUUUUUUCCCGUACAAUUACAACUCGGUACCUCGAUCCUUUCUCAUACACGAGGAUGCAUAUGUGCAGGACCUAGAGGAUGCAAUUGGUAACAAUCAGAAUUACAAGCGUCUCCUGGAGAACGAGGAGCUAUAUCUUUAUAAGUGUCGUGACUUGAACUUGAGACCAUCCGGGACACUCUAUGAGCGUGCUGUGGAGUCGCUUCUCCGAGAUAGCGAGAGGAUGAACUCUUGUUAUUACCUCUCAAAGUAUUUUGCCAAUGGGCCCGCACCUAAAAAGGACAAGAUAGACAUCAUCGUUGCGACCCAUUCUGUUUUGGAAAGCUAUACAUCAGAACGCACAAUGCCUCAGAUUAGCAAAAUCCGCCGUCUACCAUCCCCGUCUCAAGGUAUCCGCGAUGAGUAUGGAAUAAAACAAUGUACCGAUGAAAAGCGCGGUGUGCAUAUUCAUCGUCCGGCUUUCAAUUAUGGACCACCAACCGCACUAUUCAAUCAUUCCCUCGCCAGGCUUAAACACCGCCUGCAGCACCUUGAUAAACAAGCAGAGCUGGAGCCUGAAGACUACAGAGAACUUGCUUUGAGAUAUCGCUUCGGGACGUUGGUUGGUACCAAUAUAUCAUCAAGAUAUAAGACGGAAUCUGGCACAGCACAGCCAAAUGCCGCUUGGGACGAUGCGGUCCGUAUUGUUAUGGAAGUCAAGAACGAGGAUGGUCUCAGAGGCAACGCAACUCUUCAGGCAAUUAUCUCUUAUAGCAAAAUUUUAUCACAGAACAAGUACAAAAAAUACGUGGAACGGUCGAACUGCCCAGUCGUUCUUCUUGGUAUUAUGGGUAGUCGUUUAGAGAUAUCGACUGCUAUCUUCACUAAUGGAAUUUAUAUCGACAAAUUGUUGUCUGAGGAAUUGUACCUUGAUGCUUGGCAAGCUGAAAAGGUUUUGCGUCUGGGUCGCAUUUUUAUGGCCGUGUCUCUAGCGUCUUCCGAACUCCGAGAGUACUACGUGAAGCUCGAGCAUAACAUUCGGUGGGCUCCACGCACAGUGUCUACUGCACACCAGUUUCCUAAUCCCUUGCCUACCGAGGGUCAAGAUAUCGCACCUCUGACUUAUCUUGGCAAGCUAUCGCAGAUGGGAGAACUUGUGAAUGAAGGGGAUAACGAGGAAGUACAACAAGAGAGGCGAUCUGCUCUUUACCGGGCAAAGAUGAGCCGAGACGGAUCUGACGAUGAGGUGGACGUUGUAGUCAAGUUCACUGCGCAUUAUCAUGAGGAUGCACAUCAGAUGCUUGCUGAAGAGCAAUUAGCACCGACGUUGCACUGCUGCAUUCAUCUUGUUGGCGGCAUGUACAUGGUCAUUAUGGACUACGUUGAAGGCACCUCACUCUACUUUACAAGGAAGUUUCGGGAUUGUGAGAAGAUUUACAGGGACGUGGAAAGAGCAAUCAAGCUGCUUAGCGACAGAGACCUCGUAUUUGGCGACCUCCAAGUCCAAAAUAUCAUCCCCAAACCAAGUGGAGGCGCUAUGCUGAUCGAUUUUGAUUGGGUUGGCAAACACAAGGAGAGUAGAUAUCCAGCAUCUUGGAACAUUGAUGAAAGGUGGGCUCCAGGACUCACAGCAACACCAAACGCUGCUCGCUGGUGGUCCGAUAUCUCAUCGCGUGAGACGUGGAAAAUAGUCCAAGCCGGGAUGAGAGUAGAGAUGGAUGCUCUCCACGCGAUGCAGAAGCUGAAGCAGUCGUAUGCGGUUUCCCGUGCUGUGGUUCUGCAUUAUGAUAGCAAUAAUGCAGGCUUUCUGGAUAUCCAUUGUUUGUAA